GAUGUUGAAGAUAUUUUGAAUUGUACGGAUUUUGUAUCAAUUUUGCAGAUUUCACCUUGAAUAAUCUCUUUCAUGGGGACGCCCGAGGCUACAAUGAUCUGUCUGGAUGAUUCUGCUUGUUUGCGUGGUCACCGUUGGAGUAAGGCUCAAUUUGUGGCUGUUAAAGUCUAUUGCGAACUAAAAUUUAAGUGUAAUCCAGAGAAUCGUGUGGGCUUACUGGGAAUGGGUUCAUUUAAAUUUGGUCCCACGCUUUCUCCUACUAAUGAUAUGAACUCCAUCAUCUUGUAUCUUGAAGAUAUGUACCUUUAUAAUUACGGCGAAAGGGCAGAUUUUUAUGAUGCUAUGGGAGCUGCAGCUUCGAAACUAUGGGAUUUCGCACGGAUUAAAAGAAGGAUACUUGCUUUUGUUGGAAGUCCUAUAAAUAUGCAUUGGAGUUAUACUAAGCCACUUGGAGAGCAAUUCAAAGACUGUGGGGUGGCUUUAGAUGUUGUCAAUUUCUUUAUAAUGAAGAAAAUCAGUCAUCGUGUGGAGUAUGGCACUGGUGCGCAUGAGUUGUUAUAUGGUACAUACCAUUAUGGGAGGGAACAGCUUGGUGAACUUGUUGAGCUUAUUAAUACUGAUGGCAACUGCCACAUCGUGGACAUGGAGGACGUAAAUGAAACUUCUAUUGGCAGAAAACUACAGAGGUCUCGUAUAUUAAGAAAGAGUGUUCGUUACCUCGUAAAGAGAAAGGCGAAAAAGAAUGGUGAUGGAAUUGGAGCUGGAGAGAAUGAAAAGUUGAAGUUGGAAGCCGUCUGAUGCAUCCGUGUUGCUUCAUGUUACCAUAUUUCUGAUAAAUCUGUAAUCAUACUAGUAUUAUCCCCCUUAUCCUCCAUAUCUUUUCCCUCCAUUUCUUAACUUGCCACAAGUGUAAUAAAUGACUUAUUAUGCAUUAAUUACAU